AGAUUUCUGCUAACAUGAACUCAAAUCCCAUCACCUAUCCAUCCAUGCAAUGCAUUAUCAAACACUUGGAGGCGAAUAAAAGAUUCCAACUUGUCGCACAAUGCCCAUCUCUUGUGAAGAUCGAAAAAUCACAACCACUAAUUAUCAAGGAGCUGAGUUUCAAACGUAGGACAAUCUCUGUCAAUGGAGUGGAGUACAAACUUGGUGCCAAGAACAAGUUCGAAGCCCCACACACUCUUGCGAUCAAGCAACUCAAAGGACGAGGUCCGCAGAUCAAUGUUUAUUGGUUGGAUUUUCCAGAUGAUGGUCGUAUUCUUGAGCUGCCCCAGUCAUUUAAGAAGUUCAAGGUUCGAAAUUUCAUGGACUGGUCGUCAGAUAAUCCGCUCAUCGAUCGAUUUAUCGAUCUAAAGAGCAUGCCAUUGAAAGUCAUUGUUCUCUCUGAUCGUUACUCGCUGAAUUUGCUGGAUGUGAUUGAUCGACACGAAAUCUUAAGAACUUCUGAAGGAUUGAUGCCUCAUAUUGUUCCUCGUGAACUCUUCCAUGGCAUCGGAACACUAUCUACCGAAUUGAUUGUAGCUAAUAUCGAAGGUGUUGAAGUUUUUGAUUUUCUCAAUUUGAUUGACGCUUUGCUCCAACCAGACCGUGGAAAUGGAGCAGACCGUAGUUUCAUCACUGAGGAUGCCGAUUUGAUCGCGAAUUUAUUCAAAGCAUUCACUCUUUUGGCAGAAGGAAAAGAUCGUGCGAUUUCUGAAUAUGAAGAGGGAGAAGAUGAAUGUUUUAGAAGAUAUAGAGCUGAGUAUACCAAAUGCGAUGAAUUUCCAAAUGAAAUCGGAUUCUGGUUCAACGAUUAUAUGGUCAUUCAUGCUGAUGCUAAGAAAACGGAAAACAAAUUUAACGUGUGGAUAUCGCUUUCAAAGCUGAAAAAUGUUUACUUGAACUGUUGAUCAAAUAUUUCUAGGUUUUUCGAAUAAAUCGUUAUUUCUGU